CUGGCGUUUGCUGCGUUCCCCUGCGCCGGCAGACGGGUUGCGGGACCAGUCCAGCCCGGGAGCCCGAGCUCCGCCGUCGUUUGCAGCAUGAGCGCUCGCGGGCGCACGGUCGGCCUCCUGCUGCUGCUGUCUGUGGCGCAGGUGCGUGCACAGGCUUGUGUGUGGUAUGGAGAGUGUGGAAUUGCAUCUGGAGACAAGAGGUACAAUUGUGAAUAUUCUGGGCCACCAAAACCACUGCCAAAGGAUGGAUAUGACUUAGUACAGGAACUGUGUCCCGGAUUCUUUUUUAACGAUGUCAGUCUUUGUUGUGAUGUUCGGCAGCUUCAGACACUGAAAGAAAACCUGCAGCUCCCUCUGCAGUUCCUGUCCAGAUGUCCUUCCUGCUUUUAUAACCUCAUGAACCUAUUUUGUGAGCUGACAUGUAGCCCUCGACAGAGUCAGUUUCUAAAUGUUACUGCAACUGGAGAUUAUGUUGAUCCUGUUACAAACCAAACAAAGACGAACGUGAUAGAGCUGCAGUACUAUAUCGGAGAGAGUUUCGCCAAUGCCAUGUACAAUGCCUGCCGGGAUGUGGAGGCCCCCUCAAGCAAUGACAAGGCCCUGGGGCUUCUGUGUGGGAAGGAGGCUGAAGCCUGCAACGCCACCAACUGGAUUGAGUACAUGUUCAACAAGGACAAUGGGCAGGCGCCCUUCACCAUCACGCCCGUCUUCUCAGACCUUUCGAUCCACGGAAUGGAGCCCAUGAACAAUGCCACCAAAGGCUGCGACCAGCCUGUGGAUGAGGUCACGGCACCGUGCAGCUGCCAGGACUGCUCAGUCGUUUGUGGCCCGAAGCCCCAGCCCCCACCCAUGCCUCCUCCCUGGAGAAUCUUGGGCCUGGAUGCCAUGUAUGUCAUCAUGUGGAUCACCUACAUGGCAUUUUUGCUUGUGUUUUUUGGAGCGUUUUUUGCUGUGUGGUGCUACAGGAAACGCUAUUUUGUCUCUGAGUACACCCCUAUCGACAGCAACAUCGCAUUCUCCGUAAACGCCAGCGACAAAGGAAUGGCUUGGCUCUUAACCUCCACCCUCCCUUCCUCUCCCGCCCUUCCAGGGGAGGCGUCCUGCUGUGACCCCCUGGGCGCGGCCUUCGAGGGCUGUCUGAAGCAGCUCUUCACCCAGUGGGGCUCCUUCUGUGUCCGCAACCCCGGUGUCGUCCUCUUCUUCUCCCUGGCCUUCAUCGGGGCGUGCUCUUCGGGCCUGGUGUUUGUGCGCAUCACCACCAACCCGGUGGAGCUGUGGUCUGCCCCCAGCAGCCAGGCCCGCCAGGAGAAACAGUACUUUGACACGCACUUUGGGCCAUUCUUCCGCACGGAGCAGCUCAUCAUCCGGGCCCCCAACACCAAGACGCACACUUACGAGCCGUAUCCCUCGGGAUCCGACGUGCCCUUUGGGCCUCCGCUGGACAAAGAGAUUUUGCACCAGGUGCUUGAGCUGCAGACAGCCAUUGAAAACAUUACUGCCACCUACAACAACAAGACGGUGACGCUUCAGGAUAUCUGCCUGACCCCUCUCUCCCCGUAUAACCGGAACUGCACCAUCCUGAGCGUGCUGAACUACUUCCAGAACAGUCAUGCCAUGCUGGACCGCAAGAUAGAGGAUGACUUCUACGUGUACGCCGACUAUCACACGCACUUCCUGUACUGUGUCCGGGCUCCUGCCUCUCUGAACGACACGAGUGUGCUCCACGAUCCUUGUCUGGGGACGUUCGGCGGGCCGGUGUUCCCCUGGCUUGUCCUGGGAGGCUACGAUGAUCAAAACUACAAUAAUGCUACAGCCCUUGUGAUGACCUUUCCUGUCAAUAAUUACUAUAAUGAUACAGAGAAGCUCCGGAGAACUGAGGCCUGGGAAAGAGAGUUCAUUAAUUUUGUGAGAAACUACAAGCAUCCGAACCUGACCAUUUCUUUCACUGCUGAACGGAGCAUUGAAGAUGAGCUCAAUCGCGAGAGCCAAAGCGACGUCUACACCGUGGUGAUCAGCUACGCCAUCAUGUUUUUGUACAUCUCCAUAGCACUGGGCCACAUCAAGAGCUGCAGGCGGCUGCUGGUGGAUUCUAAGAUCUCCCUGGGCAUCGCGGGCAUCCUCAUUGUCCUGAGCUCCGUCGCCUGCUCUCUGGGCAUCUUCAGUUUCCUGGGGAUCCCCCUCACCCUCAUUGUGAUCGAAGUGAUCCCGUUUCUGGUACUGGCCGUUGGGGUGGACAACAUCUUCAUUCUGGUCCAGACCUACCAGAGAGACGAACGCCUUCAAGGAGAAAGUCUGGACCAGCAGCUGGGCAGGGUCCUGGGAGAGGUGGCCCCCAGCAUGUUCCUGUCUUCCUUCUCAGAGACGGUCGCCUUUUUCUUAGGGGCCCUGUCGGUGAUGCCGGCCGUGCACACCUUCUCGCUGUUCGCCGGCAUGGCGGUCUUCAUCGACUUCCUCCUGCAGAUCAGCUGCUUCGUGAGUCUCCUGGGCUUAGACAUUAAGCGUCAGGAGAAAGGCCGCCUGGACAUCCUCUGCUGCACCAGCAUUGCCGAUGACGACGGCACAAGCGUGCAGGCCUCGGAGAGCUUCUUGUUUCGGUUCUUCAGAAAGUCCUAUGCCCCGUUUCUGCUCAAGGACUGGAUGCGGCCCAUUGUGAUCGCGGUGUUUGUGGGCAUUCUGUCCUUCAGCGUCGCCGUCCUGAACAAAGUAGAGAUCGGACUGGACCAGGCGCUCUCCAUGCCAGAUGACUCCUACGUGGUGGAUUACUUCAAGUCGCUCAGUCAGUACCUGCACGCAGGCCCACCUGUCUACUUCGUCGUGCAGGAAGGGCACAACUACACCUCCCUGAAGGGGCAGAACAUGGUGUGCGGGGGCAUGGGCUGUGACAACGACUCCCUGGUGCAGCAGAUAUUCAACGCAGCACAGAUGGACAACUACACCCGCAUAGGCUUUGCCCCCUCGUCCUGGAUCGAUGAUUAUUUUGACUGGAUUAAACCACAGUCGUCUUGCUGCCGCGUCUACAACAACACCGAGCAGUUCUGCAACGCCUCAGUGGUGGACCCGGCCUGCCUGCGCUGCAGACCUCUGACCCAGGAGGGCAAGCAGAGACCCCAGGGAGGAGACUUCAUGAGGUUCCUGCCCAUGUUCCUUUCCGACAACCCCAACCCCAAGUGCGGCAAAGGGGGCCACGCGGCUUAUGGUUCGGCAGUGAACAUCCUUGGCAACGACACCAGCGUUGGAGCCACCUACUUCAUGACGUACCACACAGUUCUCCAGACCUCUGCUGACUUCAUUGAUGCCAUGACCAAGGCCCGCCUCAUCGCUGCUAACAUCACCAGGACCAUGGGCCUGGAAGAGAGUCAUUACCGUGUGUUCCCGUACAGUGUGUUCUAUGUCUUCUACGAGCAGUACCUGACCAUCGUGGAUGACACCAUCUUUAACCUCAGCGUGUCCCUGGGUGCCAUCUUCUUGGUGACCAUGGUUCUCCUGGGCUGCGAGCUGUGGGCCGCCGUCAUCAUGUGCAGCACCAUCGCCAUGAUCCUCAUCAACAUGUUUGGUGUUAUGUGGCUGUGGGGCAUCAGCCUCAAUGCUGUGUCCCUGGUCAACCUGGUGAUGAGUUGUGGCAUCUCCGUGGAGUUCUGCAGCCACAUCACCAGAGCAUUCACCGUGAGCGCGAGAGGCAGCCGUGUGGAGCGGGCAGAAGAGGCGCUCUCCCACAUGGGCAGCUCCGUAUUCAGUGGAAUCACACUAACAAAAUUUGGAGGAAUUGUAGUAUUAGCUUUUGCCAAAUCUCAGAUUUUCCAGAUAUUUUACUUCAGGAUGUAUUUAGCAAUGGUCUUGCUUGGAGCCACUCAUGGACUAAUUUUCCUGCCCGUCUUACUCAGUUAUAUAGGACCUUCUGUAAAUAAAGCCAAAAGUCUGUCCACUCGGGAACGAUACAAAGGGACAGAGCGAGAACAUCUCCUGAACUUCUAGCCCUCGGAGGCCGGGGGCGCUGGACUGUGUGUGCAGACUGGACAGUAAGUAGCUCCACUGUCGAAGGCAAGCGAGGCCUGGACGUGACCAGACAGCAGCAGCGUUGGCUGUAGUGCUUUUCAAACUCAGGAACACAGACUUGACUUGUGAAGCAGUAUUACUAGAUUUGGAAGGAACCCCGGAACACUAAGGCGCCUUCCAGCUCUCCAGGACUGAAACGUGACUCCCGAACACCAGGAUGCGGCUGUGACCCGCUCACAGGCCCCGCUGGAAGGCCAAUCAAUGCAAUGUUUCUCCAUUUUUAGGAGUAAGCCAUCACAAGUUCAACACCAUAUUUUCAGUAACACUUGAGGACAUUGUAGAUAAGCUUUAUGAUAACAUUUUAUAGUUUAAAGAGCUUUAUUGAUGCAAUAAAUUAACUUUGUACAUUUUUAUAUAUAUAUCUCUAUAAACAGCGAUUUCAGAAUGCUGUAGGCCUCAUCAGAGCUUGUUCCCCAAAAACCUGUUUGAAAAAAGCAACGUGUUCUUCACAGUGUUCACCUAUGAAGGAAAAGAAAGUUCAUGCAUUAGGUGGGGGUACAAGAAGAAAAUAAACACUGUAGCUCAUA